AUGACACAUUUAACUAAAAUAGUCGUAUUGGUUAUCUCAUUGUUAUUAGGAUUAACAGUUUCACAGUCAACUACUUAUCCAUGUCCAUUCUAUAGAUCUUUAUCAUUGGCAAGUCCUGUUGUAUCAGGUGACGAUGUCAUUAUACUACAAGGAUUGUUGGCUAGAUCAGUACCAGACCUUCCAAUCUCUGGUAUUUUCGAUGAAUUUACUGAAGUUUGUCUUAUGAAAUAUCAAUCAAUGUAUAAUAUUGCAAUUACAGGUAUUUUAGAUGUAAAUACAGCCAAUUCCAUUUUAUUGACCAAUGGUGAUGAUGGGUAUACUGAUAAUGGUCAAAUUCCACCAGGAUUUAAAUACAAGGUUCAUGUACCAGUCUAUCGUAAUAGAUCGAUUGAAACCACUGCAACUCUUUACGAUGACCAAUUAAAUGUAUUACAUUCAUUCACUGUUAGAACAGAGGGUCAACUCAAUACCGAUGGUAGUGCCAUGAAUCAAUUCUGUGGUGAUGGUGCCACUCCAACCGGUCUCAUGACAUUUGAUCUCAACUCUGCUGAACCUGAUCCUGCUGCUUUUGGACCAUACCCAGUGAAUCGUGCCGUUCAAGGUAUUGCUGGCAAUGCAUUCCUCCUCAUUAGCAAUGUUCGUGAUGGUAUUCUUAUGCAUACUGGUCAAUGGACCGGUUGGAACCCUUCCAUGCCUAUGCCAAACUCUCAUGGUUGCGUACACGGUCAUCCAGAAGACAUUGACACUGUUUGGAAUAUUCUCACCUCUAAUCUCAACGUUUACGUUCGUAAUAAUACUUUUGGUGCUUUACCAUACCUUUAUCAACCACAAGGUGUAUUAUCUAUUGAAUUAAUUGAUUAG